CAGGAGCACCACUAGGGGAAGCUCCGUCCCCGCGCUCUCGCCCCGCACUAGCUUCGUCGUGCAUUCACACUCGCCUGCGCUAAAGAUCCCUGGCCGUAACUUCCGUCUACCAUUACUGCGCCUCAUGUCGUCUUCUGCAUCUGCUGUCAAGCCGUCUGAGCCUGCGCCGAGGUUCACGAACAUCAUCACGUCGCGUCCUGAACCCUCUGUCGGCCUGAUCACCCUAAACCGGCCAAAGGCGCUCAAUGCGCUAAGCACACCUUUGUUCAAGGAGCUGAACGAGGCUGUGAGAGAGCUGGACGAGGAUCCCGAAGUGGGCGCGAUAGUUAUUACGGGCAGCGAGAAAGCGUUCGCUGCCGGCGCUGACAUAAAGGAGAUGAAGGACAAAGAAUUUUCGGAUGUCUACAAAAACAACUUUUUAGAGAGUUGGACACUGUUGACCAAAAUACGGAAACCGAUUAUCGCAGCCGUCAGCGGAUACGCACUCGGAGGUGGCUGCGAACUCGCGCUGAUGUGCGACAUCAUCCUCGCCUCAUCCACCGCGACCUUCGGCCAGCCCGAAAUCAACCUGGGCGUCAUCCCAGGCGGCGGCGGAACGCAGCGCCUCGCCCGUACCAUCGGCAAGUCGAAGACCAUGGAACUCGUCCUUACCGGUCGUAACUUCAGCGCAGCCGAGGCCGAGCGGUGGGGUCUCGUAAGCCGCGUGGUGGAGGGCGAAGGCAAGGUCGUGGAGGAGGCUGUGAAAAUGGCGAGCACCAUUGCUAGCAAGGGGCGGGUGGCGGUUAUUGCUGGCAAGGAAGCAGUGAACGCAGCGUACGAACUGAAUAUGUCGGAAGGCUUAAGGUUCGAGCGGAGGUUGUUCCACGGCCUCUUCGCCACGCACGACCAGAAAGAAGGCAUGGCUGCCUUUGCGGAGAAACGGAAGCCAAAAUUCAAUCACUCUUAAUGGUAUGAGUAGAAGUCGGACAGCAGUAUUUAUUAGAUGUAGUUGUACCCAUCGCAUAGCUAUCGUAGCAUAAUGAAGGAGUG